CCAUAAUGCUUGUCGAGAGUCUCACGUCGACGACUGUACUAGUGUUUGUGACGGUGUUGUUGCUGCUUAGAUGGCUAACGCGGCGCCCCCCUCACCUCCCGCCUGGCCCCGUUCUCUUCCCCUUGCUGGGAAACCUGUUGUCCCUAGGGCCCGACCCCCGGCCCGUCUUCAGGCGAUUACGGAAGGCGUACGGGGAUAUCUUCUGUGUGUUUAUCUGCCACAGGCCUGUCGUCGUGCUCAACGGCUACGAUGUGAUCCGCGACGCUGUCGUUAAGAACGGCGACGUCUUUUCCAACAGACCUCACUCAUUCUUCUCCGACAUCAUCAACGACAACAGAGGCAUCAUGAUGACUUCCGGGAAGAUGUGGAAGGAGCAGCGGACAUUUGCUCUGACCACGCUGCGAGAGUUCGGGAUGGGACGGAGUCUGCUGGAGGAGAAGAUCCAAGAGGAGACGGAGCAGUUCUUAAACGCCGUGGCAGCCCGACAGGAAGAACCCCAGGACCUGAAGCAUCUCAUCACGAACUCGGUAUCCAAUAUCAUAUGUUCAAUCGUGUUCGGGCGGCGCUUUGAGUACACGGAUCCACGGUUUGUGCGGUAUCUGGAGGUCACGAACGAGAACAUUGAGAACCUUCAAAUCACAGGAAUACUUCAGAUUCUACCAUUCCUAAGGCAUCUUCCCGGGGACGCGUUCCGGCUGAAGAAAACGGUACACAAUGUGGAUGUAGUCCAAGAUGAGUUUAUUGAGCCAAUGGUACAAGAACACAUUGACAACUACGACGAGGGUGACGUGAACGACUUCAUCGCGGCCUACAUUAAAGAGAUGAGACAUCGCCAGCAACAAGGGGAGACAACCAUGGAAGUAAAGACCCUCCUGAAGGUGAUCAUGGAUUUAUUCGUGGCUGGGUCUGAAACUACAUCGACAGCCAUCCGAUGGGUUCUAGCGUUGUUUCUCAACUACCCGGAUGUUCAGGAUAGGUGUUUUCGGGAGAUUGAUACGCACAUCGGCGUGAACAGACGACCAGGUAUGAAGGACAAGAUCAGCCUUCCGUACGUUGAAGCCACGAUCAUGGAGACCCUAAGGUACUGCGAUAUCGCCCCUCUCGCCGCCCCCCACUGUGUAGCGCGGUGUACACAGUUCCGGGGCUACACCCUGCCGGAGGGUGCGUCCGUCAUGGUCAACCUGGACUCCGUGCUACAGGAUCAGGGCAUCUGGGGGGACCCGCAAAACUUCCGACCAGACAGAUUUCUAGACAGUUCAGGAAAAGUAUUUAAACCGGAAGAAUUCAUUCCAUUUUCUAUAGGGCACCGGGUGUGUCUCGGAGAGUCUCUAGCCCGGAUGGAGUUGUUCCUGUUCGUAACCGCCCUGGUUCAAACCUUCCACUUCACGUCCCCCGGUCAACCCCCAACCCUGGAAGGGGUCCUGGGACUCACAUACUUCCCCAAACCAUUCGAGGUUAUAGCAACACCAAGAACAUAAAACAGGCGUGACGUUUUGUACUACAAUCUGUGACAGCCAGUCGAACAGGACAGCUGCUACGUAGUAAGCAAAGGUCACGCUUGAAGUCUCUGUUGAUGAAAAUGUAGAACCGACCUGAAA